GUCUACACUACCAAUAGCCUUUACUUUCCCUUCACUAUCAUCUUAUCGUCAUGGACGCUGAUUUUGGCCAAAUGCUCGCCCAGGCGCAAAUGCGUCACGGAGCCGCGGGUCGCCAGGAUACGUCUGUCCCAGACAAUGGGGAGGUCAUUCACAUCUCGUCACUAGCCCUGCUCAAAAUGCUCAAACAUGGGCGAGCCGGUGUUCCCAUGGAGGUUAUGGGUCUUAUGCUUGGUGAGUUCGUGGACGAAUAUACUGUCCAAGUCGUGGAUGUCUUCGCCAUGCCCCAAUCUGGCACAACCGUCACCGUCGAAUCGGUAGACCAUGUCUUUCAAACCAACAUGGUGGAGAUGCUGAAGCAAACUGGACGACCUGAGAUGGUUGUUGGGUGGUAUCACUCCCACCCUGGCUUCGGAUGCUGGCUGUCAAGCGUCGAUAUUAACACGCAACAAUCUUUCGAGCAGAUGCAGAAUCGCUGUGUAGCCGUGGUGAUCGACCCUAUACAAUCCGUCAAAGGCAAGGUCGUCAUCGAUGCGUUUCGGUUGAUCAAGCCGCAGACCGUCAUUACCGGACGUGAGCCCCGGCAGACGACGUCGAACAUAGGGCAUAUCAACAAACCUUCCAUCCAGGCCCUCGUCCAUGGGCUUAACCGACACUACUAUUCGAUUGCUGUUAAUUACCGAAAGACGGAUCUGGAACAGACCAUGCUGAUGAAUCUGCACAAGCGGAACUGGACGGAAGGAUUGCGCCUGCGGAACUUCAAAACACAUCAGGAGAGCAAUGAGAAGGCAAUCAAGUCUAUGCUUACGCUUUCUGAGGCGUAUAACAAAUCUGUUCAAGAAGAAUCUACGAUGGACCCCGAAAAGCUGAAGACGAGGCAUGUGGGCAAACAAGAUCCAAAGCGGCAUCUCGAGGAGGCAGUCGAGAAAGCGAUUGGGGACCAGGUUGUACAGAAUUUAGGCACAAUGCUGCUCGCUGAACUUUAAUGAUCACCUCUUGUACACUAUGAUAGAAAUAUGCCAUAAUGACCUCAGACUUGCCCUACCC